AUGAGGGCAGGGCUGUCCUGUAAUAGGAAGCGGGCGCGGGCGCCUAGGCAAGCGAGGCUGAGAGGGAUAAGGCAAGUCUUCGCGCGCGGAACGCCCGUCCGUCUCGGGAGCCAAGGGGAAGCUCCCCGCUGGAGCGCCUUUGGAGUUUCCGCCCCAGGCAGAGAAAUGCUGCGGGCGACCUUCUUUAUUACGCAAUCUGUUUAACAAGGACUCUUUGCAUCAGUAAAUAUCCAGCCACGCCACAAAGCCUUCUACUACAUUUCACUGCGGUCGGCCCCCGUUCCUCUGGGCAGACAUGACACUCCAAGCUGUGCUAGAGACUGUAGAAAAUGGGAAGCAAGAUACUGUCCUCAAGGUGCUACAGAUCUACAACCAGGAGAAUGCUCCUUGUUUCACCUUUGAUGAUGAAGAACAGGAAGAAAGAAAGAAACUGGCCAUGCUUCUGAUCAAGUUCUUGGAGAGAGUUCUCCAGCCAUCUUGUCAAGUGACAUGCUUGGAAAGCAUACGAAUUCUGUCCCGGGAUAAAAAAUGCCUUGGCCCUUUCACCACCAUGGAAAGUUUGAAGACACUAGCCAGGCAUGCUGGGAUUGUUUACAGGGAAGAGCAAAUCCUGGAGGUUCCUGAUCUGGAUGUAAUUCUGGAGGCACUUAAGUGCCUCUGUAAUAUUGUCUUCAGUAGUCCCCGGGCUCAAGAACUGAUGUCUGAGGCUCGGUUUGUGGUGGGCCUUACAGAUCGCAUCAAACUCUAUAAUGAGAGAAACUUCCCCCAUGAGAUAAAAUUCUUUGACUUGCGCCUUCUCUUUUUAUUGACGGCACUAAGGGUGGAUGUUCGGCAGCAGGUUGCACAAGAACUUCGAGGUAUUGGUUUAAUGACAGAUACCCUGGAACUUACCCUGGGAGUAAAAUGGAUUGAUCCUCAUGAGGUAGCUGCUAAAGGGGAUCCUUCCCUGCCAUUACCUCGGCAGGAGACAGAGCGUGCUAUGGAAAUCCUGAAGAUCCUCUUCAAUGUCACUUUUGAUACCAACAAAAAGGAAGUGGAUGAGGAAGAUGCUGCUCUGUACCGACGUCUAGGUGCCCUUCUCCGUCACUGCCUGAUGAUUUCAGCAGAUGGCGAUGAUCGGACAGAAGAAUUUCACAGCCAUACAAUCAAUCUUUUGGGCAAUCUUCCUCUCAGGUGUUUAGAUGUUUUGCUGACUCCCAAGGUCCACCGAGGCUCCCUUGAAUACAUGGGAGUCAAUAUGGAUGCUGUCAAUGUUCUCCUGAGUUUCCUUGAUCGACGUCUUGAUAGGGGUCACAAACUCAAGGAGAGUCUUACUCCAGUGUUGAACUUGCUGACUGAAAGUGCCCGGGUCCAUCGACAGACAAGGAAAUUCCUUAAAUCAAAGAUACUUCCUCCAUUACGGGAUGUGAAAAAUAGACCUGAGGUGGGAAACCUGCUGAGAAAUAAACUUGUGCGCCUCAUGACCCAUAUUGACACGGAUGUAAAACACUGUGCUGCUGAGUUCCUGUUUGUACUCUGCAAGGAAAGUGUGUCACGGUUUGUGAAGUACACGGGAUAUGGAAAUGCUGCUGGUCUUCUGGCAGCCCGAGGCCUCAUGGCUGGGGGGCAGACCGAAGGAGAAUACUCUGAGGAUGAAGAUACUGAUACAGAGGAAUACAAGGAAGCAAAACCCAACAUUAAUCCUAUUACUGGACGUGUGGAGGAAAAGCUUCCCAAUCCAAUGGAAGGAAUGACAGAUGAACAGAAGGAGCUUGAAGCAAUGAAACUUGUGAACAUGUUUGACAAACUCUCCAGAUCUAAUUUCUGCUUCGGCAGCCCUACAGCACUUCUUCUCUGGAAAGAUUUUUACAGCUUUGUCUUUCUGACUGUCUUUUCUCCUCAGUGUUUAAGAGUCUCACCCUCUAAUGCAUUCUAAAGACUUUCUAGCAGAUUUGCAAGGAUGCAAGACAGGGUGGUUUCAAAUGAGCUUAUAGCACAUGGAACACUAAGAGUACAUGCAUGUAGUCAAUUGUUUAGGAAGAAAAAAGUGUAUGAAUCAGGACAUAUGUUAAUCCCUGAGCCAAGCACGACAUUUAAAACUGUCAUGGUUGAUACACAGGGGAUCUGUAGGCAAAUAUGAAUGUGUAUACAUGUCUAGAAAUAUAAAAAUGUGUGAACAAAGUAAGUGUGCAUUUUUAUGAAUGUAUUAUUUGACAAUCAAUGUACUUGCAUACCAUUCCUUUUCAGAACACCUUAAGGAUGGUUGGAAAUCUUCACGAAAGAGCUAUUGUUGAAAGUAUGAGCGUGUGCAUGUAUUUUGUGUGUGUGUAUCUGUGUGUGUGUGUAGGUGCAAGGAAGUACUUUAAAUAAAUAUGGGAAUGUAGGAUUUCCUGGGAAGAAAGAACUAAAGAUAGGAAAGCCAACAAUUGCAGUGAAAUGAAGAGACAGCAAGUGGACCAGCUCUUUUGGAUUCCUCUCCAGACAGGGAGAAGACUAGGGAUUGCCUAUGCAUGGUCCAGACAGUUGCUCCUCAUGAAGUAUCCAGCAAAUUUAGCACUUUGGGAGACAAGAGAGCACUAUCUCCAUUCAAACUGUAGUCAGUGUCUUUAUGGACACAUGGUUUGCAUACUUCCUUUUUUAAUCACUUGGAAAUUGCUUACUAGCUGCUUUCAGAAUCCUUGGAACAACAGAUUUUAGAGCAAUGAGUAAGUUUCCUUCAAUCCUUAGCAACAGAAGUUUUAAAUUAAGUUUAAGGACUUAAAAAAAACGUUUUGAAUAAAUAGCACAAAAGGUGGUUAGAACAUUGAUUUUGAAAAAUUAAAAUUGGAGUAAGGGUCCAGAUAAAUUUGAAAUAAAAUUUUGAAAUUAAUUAUAAGAAUCCUUCCCAGGGGGAAAUGCUGUCCUUUUAGAUUCCUUAAACAAAAUAUAAUAACAUUUUAAAAAUUGGAUGCACAGGGAACUGAAGAUAACAAAGGGGAAGGACAUUUAAACUUGACUUAUUAGUACAGAAUGGAACAAAAUAUUGUAAGAUUGGACUUUUUGAGGGAUACUUGUGAACAAUGGCUCAAAAGUUAAUUUUCAGAAAGUCUACCAUUAUAAAUAGACUGUGUUUAAAAGAUGUUAUGGAAGCGAACAAGUUUUCCUGGAUAAGACUGAGAUGACCUAAAAGUAAUUUAAAAACGACAGGCUACAAAAAUUAUGUAGAAAAAGAUGCUACACUGGAUAUAAAAAUAAAACUGUUUGAUUUC